GGAGGGAGGGAAAGAAGGAAGAGGAGGUUCCUUCUGACAGGAAACCACUCUUUCCUUUUUUCCUCCCUUUCUUUCUCCUCACGCCGUCCUCCCUCCCAGGCGUCAGGAUUAUGCCUAAGAAAUUAGAGAGACGAUCUGGAACUGAGAAGGAACAACAUUUACCAUGCAAACAAGCCAAAGUUGAAACUGCUAGCCUUGCGCUUUGGAAAUAUGACCAUCCACAGAAUGUAUUUGAAGGUUUGAUUUCACCUAUCAAGCAAGAUGAAUUUUUUAGAGAGUACUGGGAGAAAAAGCCAUUGGUACUUCAUAGAGAUGACCCUACUGUGGCAUCUUACUAUUCGUCACUGUUUCAGUUAACUGACUUUGAAGGCAUAGUCAAGCAUGGUUUAUAUUAUGGAAAGGACAUUAACGUCUGCAAGAGUAUUAAUGGGAAAAAGAAGGUUUUUAACAAGGAUGGCAAAGUCAGCUAUGCACAGCUGAAGAAGGAUUUCGAUCAGAAAAAGGCGACAAUACAAUUUCAUCAGCCUCAGAGAUUUAAGAAUGAGCUCUGGAAAAUCCAGGAGAAAUUAGAAUGCUUCUUUGGCUCAUUGGUCGGAUCUAAUAUUUACAUAACUCCUCCAGGGUCCCAAGGCCUGCCUCCACACUAUGAUGAUGUUGAGGUGUUUAUCUUGCAGCUUGAAGGAGAGAAGCACUGGAGGCUAUAUAAGCCCACUAUACCUCUAGCUCAACAAUACAGUGCUGAACCUGAGGACAAAAUUGGGGCUCCAACACACAACUUCAUAUUAAAGCCAGGAGACUUGUUAUAUUUUCCAAGAGGGACUAUUCAUCAAGCUGCCACACCUCCUGGUAUAUCUCAUUCUACCCAUGUGACUAUCAGCACCUAUCAGAACCACUCUUGGAGAGAUUUCUUCUUGGAUGUAGUUCCUGGGCUUAUUUUGGAUAUGGCAAAAGAAGACAUAGAGUUUCGGAAAAGCAUUCCAAGGCAAUUAUUGAUGAAGGUAGAUUUGUCUGAUUCAUCAAGGCAAUUAAGUGGCUUUCUGAGAUGCCUUGCAGACCGUCUAGAAGAAAACGGCAAGGAACUGAAAUCAUCUGAUAUGAAAAAAGAUUUUAUUAUGAACAGAUUACCUCCUUUUCUGGGGCCUGCAUUUGACCCUUUGACUUCCGGUGGACCACUACCAAAGUUGAGUAGCACAGUCAGAUUACGUUUUAAAGACUGUACAGUAAUUACAGUGGAACCAGAACAAGACCAUUUGAAUAAUUCACUUAAAGAAAUGGUGUUGGUGUAUCACUGCUUAAAGAACAAGAGGGAAACCCAUAUGAUGGGAGAAGAGAAUACUGAUGAGGAAGGAAUUGUGGAGUCGUCCGGGUUACGGUUUCCCCUUUCCCAUAUGGAUGCACUGAAGCAAAUUUGGAAUUCUGAUGCUGUCUGUGUGGAUGAACUGAGUCUGUCUUCAGAUGCAGAAAAAGAGACCUUGGUGAUCUCACUGUGGAGUGAAUGCCUAAUUGAAGUAAUAUGAAGGCACAAGCCAGCCAAAAUUGUCUUCCCCAGGGAAAAAGUAAAGUGUACACUUGAAUAUGUUAAAGCAAAAUCUAGCCAAAGCAAAAAAAAAUCUGUUGCUGCGCACAAAGAGCAAACCUGUGCUGUACAGAAAGACUCUUUUUACAUAAUUCUUGUAUAUAACAGUAGACUUGCGAAAAAAGUGAAUGGAAUGAUCUGAAAAUCCAUAUAUUCUAAAAAUUUGUGUAUGGGCUGACACACAAAAAAGCAUCUAAAAAUAAUUGCAAGAAUCCUAAAUUACCUGUUUUGAAAUGUAACUUCAUAACUGAGGAACCAAGACACCCAUUUAUUGAAUUGGGAGGGUUUGUAAUGGGACACUGUCCCAUUAUUUGAUAUGGAUGUUAUGCAGCUGAGCAAUUUUGAUUUCUGCAGAGGGAAGUCCACUUCUGAUGACAGCCCAAGGGGAUUCUGGCAGUAGUUUUUGUGUGUGGCCACAGCCAAGUUAUCUGCUUAAAUUGCAGAUAGUAAUACAGCCUGUAGAACCAAAAGUCUCAGUUCUUGAUGAAAUUAUAAUUUCACUUAAGUGCUACUACAUGGUACGUACCGCAGUAGCCAGCACACUGUACUUCCUUUGCACCGGUAAUUGCCCAGUGAUGCAAAUAAGGUGCAUUUUCUAAUCAGUGACUGGUAAAGCAAUGCUGGAAGCACAAAAACUCAGUUUUUUUUGUAUUAUACAAGUUUUUUUCUCAUGGAAAUUGUGUUAUAUAAAACCUAUAUACCCUUU